UCUACUUAAAACUACCCCUCUCUCUGCUCAGCCGCGACCCGCGAGGGCUCUCCACGUUCCGCCUGCAAACGCAGCCUCACCGCCGCCAUCGAGGCCAGCCCGGCCACUGCGCCGCCGGCCAAGACCAGAUCACCGCCGUGCGGCCAUUGUCCGCCCACUGCCGGCCUGAUCUCUCCUCUCUCAUUCGAGAAGUCCUAACCGCCUGCAAGCCUAUCGCCGCCGUUGCGCCGUGAUACCGUAGCCUCCUCCACACGCCGGUGAUCACGGUCUCUCUCUCGCUCGCUCACGUUCAGAGGCGUCUCCACAGCCAGUGGGCACCUCCGCCGUCUCGCCUUGCUCCUCCCACAGAUCCGCAUUCACGUCGCCGACGUGCAGCUGUUGCCGUCAGAAAGGCCUCACUGCGAACACCGUUGAAGCCACCAGAUCACCAUUCGCGUCUAGACAUCUUCACCGCUGCCUCCAUCGAAGCCUCAGAAUCGCGUUCGGAUACACCUCCGAGUCUCCUCCAGGCUUAAACUUCAGGAAGAAGCUUUUUCGGGAGGUAGCCCACUUGGAAUAUUUUGUUGUUUGUGGAAGAAAACCUAAUCAGGAGAAGGGGGCUUUUUUAGCUUGCAUUGUAGAUCCAAUGAAACAUAUUGUGAAGAUUAUGACAUUGCUAGUGGCUCUCUCUGCCUUUUGGAUUGGCCUCUUGCAGACAUCAGUAAUCCCCCACAGCUACGCUUUGUUGCUGCCUUUAUAUUCUAUUGUGUCACUGGGAUGCUAUGGUCUUUUAAUGGUUGGUGUUGGUUUGAUGCAAUUUCCAACUUGCCCUCGAGAAGCACCACUGUUGCAACAGGAUGUUGCUGAGGCCAAGGAGUUCCUGAAGCAAAAAGGGGUUGAUGUGGGUUCUGAUUGACUGAUUGGUUUGUAGGAUCCUUCUGCUUCUGAUAUGGUCUGGAACCGAACUGAAUUUUACUUCUAGAACUGAGCAUUGUAAGCUCCACACUUGGGAGCUGUCAUUUCUUCUUGAAGGAUUAUCGUAUUUGGUAAUUGUAAGGGUUGGACUCGAAUUCUGUUGCAAAGUCUCGAGUUUCAAACCUCCAAAAGAGAAAGAUGGUGGUGUUAAGGAUGUGCCAUUCUUAUUGUGUAAUUUGGUUGGCCUUGGCAAAUCCCUAUAUAAUUUUUUUUUUUAAUUUUAGGAAAAAAAAAAAAGCGCUCUCAGAAUCAGUGUCAUUCACAUACUGUCCAGGAUCCAGUGUGCAACUUUAAUUUUGAUUUUCUCUUGAAAUGGUAACACUACAACGUUGGUGGGACUCA